AUGUGGCCAAGGUCCGCGGCGGAGCGAUCUGCGCGACGACAAAGAGACGAGAUGUUGUUAGCAGGGAGAUCCCAUUACAGAGGACGCAUGUUGUAAUAUGGUCGAAACAAAGCAAUAGGCCUGCCAUCCAAAAACAAAUCCUAAAAUCCAAUCUGGUUAUCCGCAGUAACUUUUAGUGGAUUUAUAGGCUACUCGCGUGGGAAAUGGAGAAGAAAAGGUGGGAUUGCACUGCUCUCCCCAAGGGCUGGAAAAUGGAAGAAGUGACCAGAAAGUCGGGUUUGUCAGCUGGAAAAAGCGAUGUCUAUUAUUUUAGUCCAUCUGGGAAGAAGUUUCGGAGCAAGCCUCAGCUGGCCCGUUACCUUGGUAACCAGAUGGACCUCAGCUCCUUUGAUUUCCGCACGGGGAAGAUGCUGAUGAGCAAGCUGAACAAGAACCGGCAGAGACUGCGCUAUGAUAACAACAACCAAAACAAGGGCAAACCUGACUUGAACACAUCACUACCAGUCAGACAGACAGCCUCCAUCUUUAAGCAGCCUGUUACCAAGGUUACCAACCACCCAAACAACAAAGUGAAGACAGAUCCUCAGAAAGCCGUUGACCAGCCCAGACAGCUAUUUUGGGAGAAGAAACUCAGUGGUCUUAAUGCUUAUGACAUCGCAGAGGAGCUGGUGAAAACAAUGGAACUGCCUAAAGGACUACAAGGUGUCGGUCCAGGCUGCACAGACAAGACUCUCCUGUCGGCUAUUGCCAGCGCUCUGCACACCAGCGCCGCUCCCAUCACCGGCCAGCUGUCUGCAGCCGUGGAGAAGAACCCAGGAGUCUGGCUCAACACCACACAGCCGCUGUGCAAGGCCUUCAUAGUCACUGAUGAGGACAUCAGGAAACAGGAGGAGCUGGUGUACAGUGUGAGGAAAAGGCUGGAGGAGGCACUGAUGGCUGAUAUGUUGGCCCAUGUCGAGGAGGCUGCCAAUGACGGAGAGGCUCUGAAGGAGGAAGGCAACGGCAGUGAAGAUAUGGAGAGCGUAUAGCACAGGGUUUUGUUCGACGCCUGCACACACACGACCAUGAACAGUAGGAGCCAUACAGCAGUCCCGCCCUGAUGAACUGUCCCCGAGUAUCUGCGUCCAACUUAAACCGUAACCUGACUUACACCAGUCCAGUGCAACCUAAAGAAGUCUUCCCUUCACCUGAUCCCGAAACACUUGGAGUCUCAAAUGCAUCACUUCAUCUUAACUCCACUGGAUGGGACUCCUUGACUUCAACUGCAAUUAAAGUUACUCAGUUUCUAAGCUUGAUUGAUUUUUGACUAGGAAAUUUUUACAAAAUUCUCAUGAACUUUCCAAUAUUAAUAAUAACUUAUCUACAGAGUGUCAAAUUCAGUGUUCGAUGAGAAGCGUUUUUUUUACUGAAAGGCUUUGAAUGGGUUUGUAUUUUUGUGACAAUCAUGUCAAAUCCAAACAUUUUAUGUCAGCAAAACGUCGACCUGGGUGCUUUUUAUUUUUGGUUUGUCACGGGCAGAUUGGAAAUGAAUGUUUUGUAUUGUUGGCAUGCCUCACCAGUCGAAAUGUGAACCAAGUUGAGCUAAUUUAAAUCGGCCACAGUGCGGAUGUUACGAAUGCAGAAGCUGUAGUUUUAAUCCCUUGUAUAUACAUUCAUCGGAGUGAA